GAAAAAAAUACUUAAAUAUGUUUUACGAGUUAUAAAAUGAGGAAUAAAAUGAGGAAUAAACUGACUAUAAAGACACUGUUCUUCAUAACAGUUUUGUCUGUGUCAUCAUCAAUAAAUACCACUUGGAUAAAGGCAAUGAGAAUAUGUGAAAACAAUGACGAAAGACCAACCAAGACGAUGGAUAUUGUUGAAACAGAUACCUGGAUUGGUGAAGCUAAAUACAAGCUACAAUGGGGUGAAGUGUUCCUUCGAGUAGAGGCAGUACAUCGGAAUGACACAUGCAUAAGCACAGCAGAGUCUAUCUGUAGUAACAGUACUGUUGAUUGUGAGUUUUGUGAUAUAAGCAAUCUCAGUUUCCAGUCAGUUUUGGAGAAGAUUAGACAACUCACACCAAACAAGAAGUACAUAGUAGCAGCUUUUACAAAUAUAGCAGAAAACGGGAUAAGGGGUGUUUACAUUGAUUUGGCUGAAGGUUACGACACAGGGAGUUUUAUUGUUGUCUUUAGACGAUUUGUUUCUAUUCGUGGCAAUCCAAAGCGAAUUAUUUCUGAUGCAGGCACACAACUAGUAGCUGCAGGAAAGGAACCUAAGAAGUUUGAUGUAGAGUGGAAUGUCAUCAAAUCUGCAGAUGCUCCAUGGGAGAAUGGGUGUAGUGAAUCGUUGAUCAAGCAGAAAUGGCAUACUAGCAGGAGGAACUUGGAACGAGGUGACCUGGUGUUAGUUCAAGAUACAAACAUGAUUCCUGGAAAAUGGAAGCUUGCUCAAGUUACUGAGGCUGAGCCAGGAAAAGAUGAAAAGAGAGAUUACAGUGCUUACAAAGCAAGUCCAGAAGGUAAUGUUACUAGGUAUUAUGAAGUUACUCAUGCCCAGAUACCUAUAAUUCCCCAAUUUUCUGGUGAUGAGCCCCCACAGAAAGGUGAUGUUACUUAUAAAGAGUGGAAGUAUGAAGUACAAUGUCUUAUCAAUGACCCUGAGAUUAAAGAAACCACAAUCAUUCAGAGCAUUAGAACAUCUCUUAGGCGUACAGAUAAAACUAUGCUCCUUUCUCUUCUUGACAAACUGAAUAUUUUAUUUGGUGAAGUCUCAAAUAAUGGCAUGAUAAUGCAGGAAUUUUUCAAUACCUUUGAAUUUGAGGGAGAGUGUGCUACAUCAUUUGGUUGUAGGUUGGAAAGUAUGCUCCAAAACGCUAUUGAUUAUGGGUACCUUAGCAAAUCGUCAAAGAAUGAUUUGUUACGCCAUAAAUUUUGGACGUCGUUGAGUUCUGAACGUUUAAAGUCACAAACGCGUCACAAAUAUGAUACGCUAAAGAACUAUGACCAUCUUUUACUUGAAAUAAGAAAGGUUGAGAAAGAAAUUACCAUAAACAAAACCCCUGCAGAAAAAGUAAGUACUGAUUUCAAGAAUUCCAGACUCCAUCAACAUGAUAUAGCAGUGGAGGAUGAAGUUGAGGAGAAAAUCAACAAAAGAAUUGAGAAUUUGCAAACUGAAUUAAAAGGUAAAAUUGAUGACAAAUUUAAUCAGAUUUUGCACAAGUUAGAUGCUUCAAAAACUGAUACCAGGCAAAGUUAUUCAAGAGGAAGCAGCCACAGAGGCAAUAUCAACUCAGGGAGAGGACCCAAACUACUAGUGGUCUCCACUGAUGGCCAAGCAGAGACCAGUAAAGUCAAAAGUAACGGCCAACAUAUACAGUGUGACAUGAUUGAGGCUGGAAUCUCCACUGACCCAGAGAAAGUUUCUGCUGUGGUGGAAUGGCCAAGACCCACUAAUAUCAAAGGGUACUACCGCAGGUUUGUAGAGAACUUUGCCAAGAUUGUUGCUCCACUGAACAACUUAUUGCGUGGACAUGAAACAAAGACCAGUAAAAAGGCAGAAGAGAUAUGGAAGGAAGAACCAUAA